AACGUUUGACGUUUAUAAAUCAGAAUCGGUGCUGCUAAAGUCGUGUGAAGACGUGCGUGUUUCUUUAGCAAGAUACAAGUUCGUUUUUCUACGGGAAAAUCGCCGCGUCUGGACAAUAAUGGAUCCGCUUGAGGAAAGCUACAGUGCGUUUGAGUGUCGGGUGUGCGAAUCGAAGGAUUUCCUCAUGAACAUAUUCGUGAAUGAGGAGCACAAAAUUGCGGAAAAACUUUGUUAUUGUGCCUCGAUUCAGAUUACUGAAAACGAUGGUCUCCCUCAACAUAUUUGCACCAAUUGUUUUGCAGAUUUGCAAACAUCCUACACCUUUCGGAAGCGAUGCGAGGAAACUGAUGCAAAACUACGAACUUUUUCAAAAGUGCCAAUAAAAAUAGAAAUACUUGAUUCGAUAAUGUCACCUGAAGUCGCAUAUAAUCCUGAAGUUCUUGAAAUGUUAGAUUCUCCUAAUGAAUGCAAAAAUGGAAUAUUUCUCGAAGCAGAUUCAAAUCUUAGUGAAAUAGCAAAUGUUUUGUUGGUAGCAAGCGAGUCAUUCAGCAAAGAAUCGGAUAUUCCUGAAAUGUUUGAAACAUUGGACUCGUUCAACGAUAUCGACCAUGAAUCAUUACCCGAAUCAGAGCCGAAUACGGGUAUAUGCAAAUUGGAACAGGAAUUGGUCAUUGAAGAAGAGUCAUGUAACGUAGAACCAGAUGUUACGAACAAACGCAGACGGCGCAUAAUAAAGAAAUCGCCAAAAACAUUUACUUGCGAUACAUGUCAGGCACAGUUUUCCAAAGUAAUGGAAUAUUUCCAACAUAUUAGAACGCACGGUGCAAAGCGGUUUCAGUGUAAAACGUGCUCGAGAUGGUUUUCACGCAAAACAGUGUGGAAAAGGCAUGAGGCGAAACAUUUAAGUACUCCCGAAAGAGUACCGUGUAAUCUUUGUGGGAAAGAGUUUAGUCACAAACAAUCUGUGGUUCGGCAUAUAAUAGAAAAGCAUCAAAAUAAUCGAAGAUUUGAGUGUACUAUUUGUGGGGUUAGAUUUGCUCAAAAAACGCAUUUGCAAGCUCAUCAAAGUGUCCAUAGCGAAGCACAAUACUGUUGUACAACAUGUGAUGCAAAAUUCAAAAGCUAUAUAUCGUAUAAACGUCACCAACAGAUUCAUUUACCUCCAUCAGAAAGGAAUUAUACUUCAACAAAAGCAAAAGCUGUUAAACCUCAAAACAAAUCCUCCAAUGAUAUUUACAUUUGUCCCUUCUGUGGAAAAAUUUCCAGUCACAUUAAUUCUCACGUUUUACAUUUGCGAAGACAUACAGGUGAAAGACCCUACAAAUGUCAAGUUUGCGGCAAAGCCUUUUUAGCUAACAUAAUGCUGAAAAAUCACAUGCUUAUUCAUACGGGAGAAAAACCCCACAAAUGUGAAACUUGCGGUAGAUGUUUCCGAAUAAAAGCACACUUGACAACUCACUACCUAACGCAUACACACGAGAAAAAAUUUUCAUGUCAAAUCUGUUCCAACGCGUUUGCCUCGAAACGUACUUUGAAAUCACACAUGAAAAGUCAUCUAGUUUGUCAGGAAGGAGAAUGAGACUGUGAAUAAAAAAAUAUCGUUUUUGUAAUACGUUAAAAAUGAAGAAUGUAAAUUCUAGUGUCCGAAAUCCAUGUUUAGGCUCUCUAAAAUAAACUGCAUACAUACGUCAGACUCGACAUCAAUUUUAAA